UGCAGCCGUUCGCAUGAAGGAGCGACGGCGCCCGUACGUCGAAGCGUUCGGCGUCUAGCAGGGAUGACCGAGGACGUGGGCGCCAUGCUCCAGAAAGGGCUGACCGAUUGGUGGAACGAGGAGACCGAGUAUGUGUUCCAACGGAUCGAACGAUGGGCCGCGUACGCGAGAGGCUACAACCGUCUCAGAUCCCAGAGACUAUCCCGCGGACGGAUGACCAUGCAGGGGGGCCAGGAGCCACGGUGGAGCAUCUCCUCGAACAAGCUGAUCAUCGACGACUCGUCCUGGAGCCCACGUUUCCACACGCUGAAGAGAUCACGCCGAAAGUCGCGGUCGGAGGAGACGAAGAUCAACUGCUGCGGCACGUUCAACUAUCAGUCGAACAGCAAUCUGGACAGCAACUGUUUGGAGGCGUACAGGUACGAUCACAGUAUCUAUUUUAAGACGAUCGGCGAUAUUCGGAACAGCAAGAAGGAUCAGACCGACACCAAGAACGAGCACGACGACAGGAUCUCUGUCGGUAGCGAGGAGCUCGUGGAGUGGGAUGUCAGCUCCGUGUCGGACUUCAUAGCCAACCAGCUCCUCGAGGAUGGAUUGACCAGCGAGAACAUCAAGACCAUCUUUACGACUGGAUCCGUUCAAAAUGUUGAUGCGGUCGAUUCCGUUACCUGGUCCAACGUGGAUCUUACGAAGCUAUGUUUGAACGAGGAGGAUCUGCCAGUUGUCGACGAGGAGAACAACGAGGAUCACUCGACGAUGGUGAAGAUCGAGGGGGAAAGGAAUAAUAAUUGUAUAGAGGAUAAGAUGUUCGUGGUGGACGCAAACUUGAAGAACCAACAGAUGUUCCUCAGUCGCGUUAAGACGGAUGGGAAUGAUAUCGAGGAUUCGCAAAGUGACGAGGAAGCGUCCAGGAAUGUUCAGCAAUCGACGAUUGUGAUUGAUAAUGAUGCGAUCUGGCCGAGUGUUUUAUUAAGUUACACAAAUGGUAUCGAUAAUAUUGGUUCUUCGUAUCAUUAUCGUGAUACACGGAAUUAUGUAGAUUACUAAAUUGAAGAUUCUCGACGUGUAGAGAUGGUGAAUGAAUUCAAACUUCUAAUCGUGAUUAGACUUCAAAUAUACUGAAUUUUCUGGAUGAUUGAUUAUGAGAAAGUUAUUAAAUCGAUUGGAAAUAUAUGCAACAUGCCACUUUUAAA